AGCCUGGCGCCCCGACCCCUCGCGGGCGGGGCCGGCACCACAAAGCCCUUUAUUGAGGCCCCGGCGUGACGCGGGCCCCAGGCCGGGGCGCCGCCCGCCCGCAGCUCGGGCGCGGACAGGAAGGAAGCGUGUGCCCGCGAGGCGGGCCCGCGGUGUGGCCCGGCCUGGUGAGCCUAGAUGGGCGUUCGCACUGCCGUGGGUACGAGGCCCGCGACCCUCCGAAUCCCCCAGCCGGCGAAGUGAACAGGAUAUUGGAGUCAUUCCAUCAAGCACCUACGUGAGGCAAGUGGACUGUAAAAAUUCACCAUGGCUUAUGUCUUGCCAAGAAAGAACACAGUGAAAACCAUUUUGCGGGGCAGGUGUUAUGAAGUACAGGAACCUUGGGACCUUGCACUGCUCACACAGACCUGGUAUACGAACCUAACCAACAUCCAAUUGCCUUUCUUGGGAGAAAUUACGUUUGGUAGUCCUUUACAGCUCCAAAAAUGUAAAACCGUUAAGGACGGUCUGCUUCCUUCUGCAGAAUCCAUCAAACUUGAAAGGGAGUAUGAAAUGAAGCGCCUGGAUAACCUGAAGCACCAGGAAAACGCAGCUGAGAAAAUUCAGGUUUCCCUAAGGGAAAGGCCAGUGGGUUUGAGAAGACCUCUUCCACCUAAGUGACAGUCCUCUCAUAAUGGAAUCUGUAUUCUGUGCUUUCGGCAUCCGGAGCCAGUGAAGGGCUCUGACCCUUUCCUGUGUGGAGUUCGGUGGAGACACUUGAAUGCCCUCUGGUGGACGAGCCAGCUCCCGGAUUAGUGGACAGCUCUGGCAGAUCUUCUGAGUUCCUGCCACACACUUGUUCCUUUGUAUCACAAGCAACAGCACUGUAAGUAGAUGAAAAUGCAGCUGGAAUUGAGUCAUUUGUGCUAUUCAUUUUGAUUUUUGUAAAAUUGCACUAAGGGAAGUGGAAACUCCUUGUCAGAGACAUUAUUUUGAAGAACAUUUUGAAUUUACAUCUUUGAGAUCUUUGAGAUCCCAAGGAGGCACCAAAAAGGAGAGAGAGAAAUUCUUUUUAAAAAAUUUUUUAAAAAUUAAAUUUUUUUAAUUGAAGGCACAUUGGUUUUAACAUUAUGUACAUUUCAGGUGUACCUCAUCACAUUUCGACUUCUGUAUAGACUGCAUCAUGUUCACCACCAAAAGUCGGGGUGCCAUCUGAGAGAAAUUCUUUUUUUUUUUUAAGAUUUUAUUUUUUUC